UUAAAAUCAAAAUGGCCACUCAUUCGUUGUCUUGGAUUUGCGGAAAUAUUUUUAUUCAUAGGAGUUCCUGAUCCGGGUUGAUUUCAAAUCGAAGGGAGAUUUUUCGCCGAAGAUAUUAGUAUUAACUACGUCCUUAUAACUACGCGUCUAUCCCCAAAAAUGCGUCAGUACCGAUCCUCAGACAUGUUUCAACUCCCAUCAAAUUGACACUUAAUUUUUCGCAACGAAUUAACAUGGAUCUAAACAAAGUCAGCUCUUAUUCAGCUGCGGUAUUUGAUCGCAUUAAAACUGUGGCAAAGAAUGCCACUGUCACAGCUGUUUCGGCCACUGUCAAUGCAGUUGGCGCUGUGGGUUCAUUGAUAGGAAAUCCCUUAACCAAAGACUUUGAUGUUGGCAAACAUGUGGCAAGCUUCGGACCGAAUUUGGCGUGGAAAAUUUACGAGGGAAAAAAGAAGACAACUGGCCAAGUUAGUACUUGAGACCUCUUAUUCUUAACGUUAUCGUAAGAAAUUAUGUUCCUUAUGGCUCUGUAGUUCAAUGAAUUUUAUUGAGACAAUUUUAAUUUGGAUUAACAAGUUACACCGGUCAAUACUGUAGAUCUCAUUCAACUUGAAUGCUUCUGGUGCGUUAAGUGAACGUCAAUAAAUAAUAGCACUUUUCAUGACUUGGUAUUUUAAACAUAAGUUGGCUUUAACUUUUUUAAGUGUCUUGGUUCUGUGCCUGUAAACACAUUGUAAUCCUAUCUGCACAUUUUACUGAAUGCACUUACGUUAUUGAUUAUGAUUUCUGCAACCAUUAUUUUUACGGAAAUUUGAUAUUAUGUGUAAAAAAAAAAUUAAGUGUCUCUGCAAAGUGAAUGGUUUUAACACGAGAGUAUUAGUUGUAGUGUUAAUCAAUUUAUAAAAAAAUAUGAAUAACAGAUUGACCCUCAGAGGACAAUUUUUAUGGACGAAAUGGCAGGAAAUGAAACUGGAAAAAAAAAAUCAAAAUUAUUAGGUUUUGGCAAGGUGCCUCUCAGAAACUGGAUGGGUACUAAUAGGAGCCAUAAACCUACAUGUAAGGUGCACAGCAAAUUUUUUUGUGAUUUCUUUUAUCCCUAUCAACCCUUUAACUCCCGUGAGUGACCAAGACAGAAUUUCUCCUUACAAUAUCAAUACAAUAUUGACCAGAUAAAUGAUGAGAAUAAAGAAAAAUAUCAAUUCAGAAAUAAUUAGUUGAUCCAAUACUAAAUUCUCUGAACUAACAUUAUGAGAAUUGUAUGGUUGACAGUAAGGAGAAUUACAAAUUUGAUCUGGGAGUUAAAGGAUUAAAGAGCAUGGGCAGAUUUACACUUAAGACAUUCGGAAAGUUUUAAGAGGCUGUCAAUGGUAUAACCACAAACUGGUGUGAUUAAAAAAGAUGCUUAACUAAGACAAAUAUUUUAAUUAUUCAUAUUAGUAGACAAAAGGUAGAGGCGUCUUUUGGUUUUGUACGUGAUGGAAGAUGGCCAACAAUCAGCUAUUAUUAAAACCCUUAAUUUCGCGUAUUUUUGAGCUUCUGAGGCUGACAGAAGGAAGGAAAUCCUUUUGACCUUUGAGUCAUUUUGUUAGCAAUUAAUCAAGUUCUUGGCACUUUUUACCACCAUGGUUUGACAGGGUUAGGGUUAGAAUGACUUCAGUGUUCUUUUCUAUGCACAACUAAUGACAUUUUCAGACAAUAUGUGACUGAAAAAGCUUUCUAAAUUUACAAUUUAUCUAGCACAAUCUUGAGAUCACUCAAUUAUCAACUCCAUCCCCAGUUAUGGACACCUUCAUUGUGUCACCUUUCAUGUCAAAUAUGUAACCUUUUACCAUUUUAGAAUCUUAUUAUACAGUGAACCAUUUAAAGAGUUCCUAAUUGGCUAGUGAUGAGAGAAUAAAUAUGUUAUGGGGUGUUAUACGGUAUUUCCGUACUGCACUUUCUCAAAAUUUUUAAAAUUCAUGAGACACAUCCAACUUCUGAAAUAUUUCCAAAAGUAAACUGCAAUAGAAACCUUGAAAUAACUCUCAUGGUUAUCAUAAUUGAUCAAUUUUGGAGAAACCUGUAGUAUCAAUAUUUCUGGGACUGUUGAAAAGUUUGUAGAGAAAUAUGCCAUUAGAGGGAACAAAGAAGGAGUAGAAAAUGAUUUUAUUGAGAAUAUGUCAAUGUAUGUAACCUAUUACCUUUUAAGAAUCUUUGAUACCGAGUUAGCCAAGUAUGCAGUUCCUGAUUGGCCAGUAUUGAGUGGCAUUUCCAUGCUGCACUUUCUCAAAAUAUUUAAAUUUCAUCACACAUAUCUAACUUCUGAGAUAUUUGAAAAAAUAAACUGCUAAAGGAACCUUGGAAUAAGUCUCAUGAUUAUCAUAAAUUGUCAAAUUCAAAGAAAUAUGCUUUACAUAUUUCAAAGCAGUUGCAAAGUGUCAGACAUAACAUGCAAUCAGAAUGUAUAAGGGGGUUGUAGAGAUUGAUUUUGUAGAGAAUGAAAGACACAAAACAUGGCUUGUAGUUCCUGUGCAUGUGAUGACUUGUGGUCACCCAUGAAUUUUAGUACUGUUUUUAAAUUAGACUUGCCCGUGCAGCAGGCCUGCUAUGCAGGAUCAAAGACUUUUAAAAUUUCACUUGCUCUCAUUAAUCACAAAGUCUCCUCUACCAACUCUGACACAAUGCACUAACAUCUUCAUACAAAUUACUGUCUAGAUUGAAAUGACAUCUAAGCCCUUGACUACAUGUGCAUAGACUACUGAUCACUUGAUGAAAAGGUUAUAAAAUCCUGAAAUUUUUUGAAAAACGAUAUACAAAAAGUAGUUCUUUUUUGUUUGUUUGAUUUUAUCAUCAGGAGGUUUCUCUGGUUGUUUUUGAGAAAAGGCUGCUGGAUAAAGUUGAUAAAAGAGACAGGGACUUUGUAAUGGAGACAAUGAAGAAAGGACCAGUACAACUUACAAGAUUGCGACAUCCACGGCUGUUGGUUGUUCAGCAUCCUUUGGAAGAGUCCAAGUAAGUAGCGCUUGCAUACAAAAAAAAUGAAAAUGCCUGAUGUAUAUUUUAAUAACAUUGGUAUCAGAAUUAUUACUCAAGAUGAUUUUUAAUUGGCAAAUUGAAUAUAGCAUUACUUGAAAAAUCUGAAGGCCUACAUUCAAACAGCUUCCAGCUGAUCUUGGCCAUUCCAGCCCAGUUACAUGUAGAUAUUCCCAAUAGAUAAAUAAAUAUGAAAUAAAUAAAUAUUAAAGCUUGGGUCUUGUAUUUUUCUCAUUUUUCUCAAAUGAGAUUUGAAUAUAUUUAAAAGGCUUCUGUUUGCAGUUAAUAAUAUGUCUGUUGUUAGAGACUGUAUUUAACAAAAGAAGCAAUACAAAUGAAAUGUGAAAUGGUUAGCUCAUUGGAUUACUAUGACAUGUCCUGUUAGCUUCUAGUUCACAAUUACAUUAAAACUAGGAGAUGUAAAAUAACAUGGCCUUGUGUCCCUUUCACUUCACUAUUUUUUGUUCUUGGCAAAACCAUCUCAUUUUGCCUUCCUCCUAGCAGGACUCUUAAUGUCUGGGAAACUUGACUUAUUACUUGACAAUUUGCAGCAUUAAGUUAAAAUACUAUUCAGGAGUAGGAGCAGUUCUCCAUGACAGUUAUAGAUUGGGUGAUUAGCUCUGGCAGAAAUAACCCACACAACUCUUGACACUUAAUAUUGUGUGUUGUAUGUAUGUUGUAUACAUGUAUGUUGUGCAUUUUUUUUUUCCAUGCCAUUGUGAAUUAAAAAUUCAUCUACAGAUGUAUCUGUUACAUGUCAAUGGCUAUGAAUUGUAGUUCGUAGAAGCUCCAGAAAGAAGUCCCUCUUUUCAAGGAGGGUUUGUUAAUGGGACUCAUACAGGAGCCAAUGUAUCCAACAUUUUCUUAUUGGCGACUAAAAGUUCUGGUCACAUUGCCACCUUCUACAUAUUUUUUUUAAAGUUAUCAUGUUGAGUGCAAAAUUACAUACCUCACAUUGUCUAGUUUUACCUCUGCCUUUGAGAAAAAAAGCAGAAGGUUGUAUAGACAAAGUCUUUUGACAUCAACCAAUACCUUCUUUAGACACACAUUCUGCGUACCUCUAUGCGAUCACUGUUCUUCCUUUCUAAGAUGGCACAGAAUUUCAAUAAGUUACUUCAAGUGUCAUUCAGGAUUUUAGCAAAGCCAAAUUUGUGGUACUUAAAGGUACAUACAGACACAGCUUUGAAAUUGGUAACUAGAAACAUAUUUUUGGUAACCAUUUUUUGCCACUUCAGAACUUUAAGAGGACUAGGAAAUUUGUCAAUUUUAGGUCCAGUCAAGACAGAAAAGCAUGUCUUUGUUGGUAUCUGACUCCUUACAGUCAAUGAGAACAUAAAGGGGCUUUAAAUUUAGACAAGCCAAUAAAUGGAAGACAUAAAUAGAGUUAUCCACUGACCCAUUUUGCUGUUACAUGAGAAAGUCCUAGACCAUUUUACGUAAUUCAUGAUGUGGGAAACUGCAGAAGAAUCUGUUGGUCAAUGUCUCUUACAUAAUUGUGCAAUUUGUUAUGAUUUUACAGAUGCAUAAUGCAUUAAGAAUGCUGAAGGAUUCUGAGAUGAAUAUAUUCAUGAACAAGCUUACAAUGCACUCAUUGGUGUUGUAAAUUUUGCCUGAUUCCUUUUUACUAGGGAUUGCUUAGCCUUUGCAACUGAACCAAUCUUUGCAAGUCUGGCAAAUUUACUUGGAAAACAUGAUAACAUGCCAUCUCCCCUUCCACAUGAUUUUAAGGUAGAUCUUUUAAUUUUUUUCCUGGCGUUUCUCUCUUUACAGUGUUGUGGAUAUAUUUAGCUUAUUAAAUACAAGGAAUCAUAUUCUUGUCAACAGGGUAUUUAGUUUCAUCCUGUGAGGCUACCAGACAGGAUGUAACUAUCAGUAAAUGUAAUUGCAUUACAGUCUCCAUAAUUUAAGCUCAUUCAAUGUACCCACGCAAUGUCCAAUUAACCCUUCAACUCCCAAGAUCUCAUUAGUAAUUCUCCUUACUGUCUGCCUUACAGUUCUUGCAAUGUUAGUUUGGAGAAUUUGGUGUUGGAUCAAGUUAUUAUCCCUUAACUGAUAUUUUCUUUAUUUUUAUCAAUUUUCUGCUUGACGUUGUAUUGAUAUUGUAAGGAGAUUUUUGUCUCUGUCACUCAUGGGAGUUGAAGGGUUAAUUAAGAUUAUGUCUUCUACCAACAGAUGUUUGAACUUUAUGAUGUGGAAAGAGUUUAUGGAUUGUUUCAGGUUUGUCUUUUCCAAAAAAUUUAGAUCGUUGUAUAAAUUCCUGAUGCAUUUUUAAUUCCUAUAAUACAAUUACUUUAAAGAAAUCUUGAGAAUCCUAAUAGACUGUUAUACAGUAAUUAUGAAAUAUGUGAUACACUGUAGAUGUAAAUGAUGCUUUUUACGAGCACACAUUAUUUGAUUUUGAUAUGAUGAUAUCAAGUAAAGAGGGGGACAUGUUGGUAGUUAAUACAGAUGAAGAAUUAUGUAAUCUGUUUUUAGCUGUAGAAACAUUUCAGUUGCUGCAAAAUUUCUGUUUACCCACAAUGGGCACGCAGAAAUUGUUGAUGGUGUGAAACUUUUUGUAUCUUAAUUCUGAGGUCUGUUGUUUUUUUUGUAUCAGCUUGUGGAAGGAUUAACUUUCCUUCAUAAUGAUGCUAAAAUUCUACAAGCAAGUCUUGCACCUGAAUUGAUAUGUGUUACCAAGAAUGGACAAUGGAAAAUAGCUGGACUUUUCUUUAGUUCUACACCAGUUGUGAUUGAUGGCCAGGUACAGUACAUGACUGUGUGACUCUUCUUUUGUUGUCAACUUCAGGAAAACCUAAAGUUUACAACAUUUAGUUAACACUAUUGAACAUAACUGGGGAAAGAAUUUAGAAUUUUAAGAGACAGUGCCACUCAAAAGUUAGUUGACUGUCUCUUGAAACUCAAUCUUCCACCUUGAUACUCAAUGCUUGUUUCUUGAAAACUUAUACUGUCAGACUGUCACCUUACUUUUGAGCAAUACUGUGUAUGUUUCUUCUGUUUUGGCAAACUAUUUCACCAUCAGAUGAGUUUUCAUGAGAAUGCUCUUGUAACAAAAACAAGUUAAUCAAAGAAAGAUAAUUUUUUUCUCCCAUUGUUAGACUGACUUUAUCCAACUUAAGGUUACUUCCCACCUUCGUGGGUGUCCUUUGGGAAAAAAAUUAAUAUGUGUACCAGUUUCACUAAAAUCCUAGCACUAUACAUCAGAAGAAAGCUCUAUAGCUGCAGUUUACAACAGAAAUAAAAUUUAAGUGACUUUCCUGCUAAGGAAAUGUCAGAAGCCAUAAGCUGCGAAAUGACCAAAGGUUCUUCUAUUGAAUUUAUCUGGUAUUGGGUGCUGCAGCACAAGAUAAAUGGCUGCACAGUCUUAUUCAUAAGGCAUCAAUCAACGGAAGUGUGUCACACUUUUUCGAUAUUCUGAUUGGUUGUCUAGAUAUUGGCAUUUAAAAUUGGAGUAGCUAAAAAAAUAUGCAAGGCAUGUUGUACCAAAAUCUUAUCAAACUAUACAUCAGAAGAAAGCUUAGUAGCUGCAGAUUAUGAUAGAAAUAUAAUUUAAGCAACUUUUCUUUUAAGGAAGUGUUAGGAGCCAUAAGCGGUGAAAUGACUAAAGGUUCUUCUAUUGAAUUUAUCUGAUAUUGGAUGCCGCAGCACGAGAUAAAUAGCCACACAGUCUUAUUCAUAAGGCAUCAAUCCACGGAAGUGUUCGUGCUUUUUGAUAUUCUGAUUGGUUGUCUAGAUAUCAGCAUUUAAAAUUGGAGUAGCUAAAAAAAAAUGCAAGGCGUGUUGCACUAAAAUCCUAGCAAACUAUACAUUAGAAGAAAGCUCAGUAGCUGCAGAUUAUGAUAAAAAUAUAACUUAAGCAACUUUUCUUUUAAGGAAUUGUCAGAAGCCAUAAGUGGUGAAAUGACUAAAGGUUCUUCUAUUGAAUUUAUCGGGUAUUGUAUGCCACAGCAUGAGAUAAAUGGCUGCACAGUCUUAUUCAUAAGGCAUCAAUCAACGAAAGUGGUUUAGGCUUUUUUGAUAUUCUGACUGGUUGUCUAGAUAUCAGCAUUUAAAACUGGAGUAGCUAAAAAAAAUGCAAGGUGUGUUGCACUAAAAUCCUAGCAAACUAAAAUCCUUUCAAACUAUACAUCAGAAGAAAUCUUUGUAGCUGCAGAUUAUGAAAAAAAUGUAAUUUUAGUGACUUUUCUUUUAAGGAAGUGUUAGGAGCUGUAAGCCACGAAAUGACCAAAGGUUCUUAUAUUGAAUUUAUCUGGUAUUGGAUGCCACAGCAUGAGAUAAAUGGCCACACAGUCUUAUUCAUAAGACAUCAAUCAACGGAAGUGUUCAGGCUUUUUGAUAUUCUGAUUGGUUGUCUAGAUAUCAGCAUUUAAAAUUGGAGUAGCUAAAAAAUUUGUAAGGUGUGUUGCACUAAAAUCCUUGCAAACUAUUCAUUAGAAGAAAGCUCAAUAGCUGCAGGUUAUGAUAAAAAUAUAAUUUAAGCAACUUUUCUUUUAAGGAAUUGUCAGGAGCCAUUAGUGGUGAAAUGACUAAAGGUUCUUCUAUUGAAUUUAUCCGGUAUUGUAUGCCGCAGCACGAGAUAAAUGGCUGCACAGUCUUAUUCAUAAGGCAUCAAUCAACGAAAGUGGUUUAGGCUUUUUCGAUAUUCUGAUUGGUUGUCUAGAUAUCAGCAUUUAAAAUUGGAGUAGCUAAAAAAAUAUUCAAGGCAUGUUGCACUAAAAUCCUAGCAAACUAAAAUCCUAGUAAACUAUACAUUAGAAGAAAGCUCAGUAGCUGCAGAUUAUGAUGAAAAUAUAAUUUAAGCAAAUUUUCUUUUAAGGAAGUGUCAGGAGCCGUAAGUGGUGAAAUAACUAAAGGUUCUUCUAUUGAAUUUAUUGGGUAUUGUAUGCGGCAGCACGAGAUAAAUGGCUGCACAGUCUUAUUCAUAAGGCAUCAAUCAACGGAAGUGUUUUGGGCUUUUUCGAUAUUCUGAUUGGUUGUCUAGAUAUCAGUAUCUAAAAUUGGAGUAGCUCAAAAUAUGCAAAGCAUGUUGCACUAAAAUCCUAGCAAAAUAAAAUCCUAUCAAACUAUACAUCUGAUGAAAGCUUAGUAGCAGCAGAUUAUGAUAAAAAUAUAAUUUAAGCGACUUUUCUUUGAAGGAAGUGUUAGGAGCUGUAAGCCAUGAAAUGACCAAAGGUUCUUCUAUUGAAUUUAUCUGAUAUUGAAUGCCACAGCAUGAGAUAAAUAGCUGCAUAGUCCUAUCCAUAAGGCAUCAAUCAAUGAAAGUGUUUCAGGCUUUUUUGAUAUUCUGAUUGGUUGUCUAGAUAUCGACAUCUAAAAUUGGAGUAGCUAAAUAUGUGCAAGGCGUCUUGGGUAAAUGGACACCACAGGACAAAUAUUUCAAGUAUCAAAAUUUCCCAACACACUUUCGUUUGUCGUUAUUCCUGGAAUGUUUAGGCAAAAUUGGACAAAAAUCGGUCAAAUCUAUAUGCCCUAUAAACUCGCUCAAAGUGGUUGUAUUCCUUUAAAAAUCAAAUCCGAGAUUUUAGCUCAUAAAGGUUGGCAAACAACUCACACCCCACCAGGAGAUUACUCACCUUCUGAAACCGCAAACCAAUGGGACAAUGGGACAAUGGGACCUCCUUGUAUCAAUGACAAUGGAUCAAGAUUUCCUGACGUCAAUGACAAUGGGUCAAGAUUUCUUGGGAAAAGUAACCCAUUGCAGACACGUAAAGAGGACGACACAAUAUUGAACAAAGUUGCCAAAGCCAAAGGCAAAACCUGUGGCAAAAAUGGAAAAACCGCAAAAUGUGCUGAGGAGCAAGACAACAAAUUGACAGACAGUUUCAAAAUUAUGAUCUGAGGCAAUUGUAAAUGUAUUUGUAUCAGAGCUGGUACUUGCAUAAAGAAAAGGAAAACUUAUUUUUAACAUUAUGUAUGGCAAAUUUUGGUUUGACAGCGACUUCUUUGUUCGAAAAUCUGGAUGUCAGCGUGGACCUCCACCAGUACUAGCGGCUUUCACAAAGGAAUUUUUUUUUCUUUUCUUGACAGAAUGGUACUCUUUCUUUCUUUUUCGGGCUUAUUUAUUUAUUUAUUUUUUUUAAUUUUCUUUUUUUUACCCAGGAGUUUCUUCCACUUAUGAUUUUUCUAUGAGCAAAAAUUUUUCCAUAAGUUAAAAGCUACCAUGUGUGAAUUUUGUUAAGUGCAUGAUGUAAACAAAAUAUGAAAGUACCAUGAAAAACAAGCCCCAUUAUGAACAGUUGCUGUGAACCUUCUUCCAAGAUUAUGACACCUUCCUGACUAUUAACUUUUAUUUGAAAAUACUUUUUUCUGAACAACUUGGGUGCUUUUAAAGGUUUUAGAAUUUUUUAUGGAAAUGUUAGGUUGAAUGUUUGAAUUCAGUUUAGUCAAAUAAAAGAAAAAUCUAUUUUUUCGACCUCUGAAGGUGGGAAGUAACCUUAACUGUGUCAACUCUGUUCCUUGCAAAAUUAAUCAUAUAAAGAAGCUCAAAUAGGUCAUUUCUGAAUUCCCUUUGGCCUCCUUUUCAAAAUGAGGCCUGGUGCUCAACCAUUCAUAUAAAAAUGAAUUUAAUUUGAAUGUGAAUAAAACUUAUAUAAUCUAUGAAAAGAUGAGCACCAGGACUAGCUUUGUUAACGAGGCUAAAGGUAAUUUGGAAAUAGCUUAUUAAUGUACUAAUUAUGACAAGUGUGGUUGGACAUCAAAUCUUAUUCUCUUUGUCAAAUGGUAAGUGGAUUCAAGGUCUGUUAAUCUUUAAACUCCUGGAAGUGAUAAACAUACAACUUCUCCCUAUAAUAUCCAACAUUAUCCUGCAAGCAGGUAAUGAGAAUACUCAAACUUAUAAGUUAGAAGUUGUUAUCUGGAUCUUACUCCAAAUUCUCAUAACUAAUUUAUAGGAAAUGUCUAGCAGCCAGAUGGGAGAAUUAACAAUCAGAUCUUGGGAGUUAAAGGGUUAACUGUACAUGUGCUUUAAAACCAAGUAUCUGUGAUUUUUUGUUUAAUUAAUACUUUGUGGAGUAAGUUUCCCCUAACAGGUAUAAUUAACUAAAAACACAAUCUCAACAAAAAAACUUGCCAGUGUUUCCUAUCAACAUGACGCGUUUAACCCUUUUUACUCCCAAGGGUGACCAAAAAUGAAUUUCUCCUUUCAAUCUUGAUACAUUUUUAAGCAGAAAGGUAAUAAGAAGAAAGAAAAGAUCAAUAGGAGUGCAUCAUUUGAUUAAAGAAUAAAUUCUCAGGUAUGGAAUUAUCACAAAUGUAUUGUGCAGAGUGUGGAGAAGUAACAUUCAAUCUCUCUGUUUUGCUUGUUAGUCCACUUACAAUGCUGGUCAGUGGGAGGGACAUCUUUGGCCAUGGGCUCAACCUGAUCUGAAUUACGCUGCACCAGAGUACAUAUUGUCCAGAUCUUGUGACCUGUCAAGUGAUAUGUUCUCACUGGGAGUUCUUAUCUACUCCAUAUACAACAAAGGGAAGCCUCUCUUUGACUGUGAUAACAAUAUGGCAGCUUUCAAGAGAAAUGUUGAGCAGGUAGGUUAAAAUGGCUGGAAAAACUUGCUGAUAUUGUUAAGAGGUGCAGUUUGAGACAAGCUUUGUUAGUAAUCAGUUAAUUUAUUUAUUCAAAUUUAGGUGUUAAUUCUACUCAGGAAAUCACGGUUUUCAUCAGAAAAAAAAGUGUUUGUUGCAAAGUCUUGUACUUGUUUCAAGCCAGUCCUAUUUAUGUAAAUGAAAGAUUGCCUUUCACACGUACUACUUUUCUACAUACCUGUUGUUCAAACAUAGGUAAAGGAACAUUGUGGCUUCUUGUUCACAGUUUCUACUGUUUGCCUGUCAAUAGAGACUUCUUUUGAAGCCAACAGCAAUAACAUGUGAAAUGGUUAGCUCACUGGAUAAGUUGUAAAUGUUUUGGGAGCUUCUAGUUCACAUUUACAUAUGUCUUCAUUGCACAGUGUUUAAAAUUAAUCAUCUAAUUCCCAUGAGUGACCAAGACAGAAUUUCUCCUUACAAUAUCAAUACAAUAUCAACCAGAUAAGUGGUAAAAAUUAAAAAAAAUGUCAAUUUGAGGAUAAUUAGUUGAUCCAAUACUAAAUUCUCUGAACUAACAUCAUAAGAAUUGUAUGGCUGACAGUAAGGAGAAUUACAAAUUUGAUCUGGGAGUUAAAGGGUUAAGCAACCUCUCAAAUGUUUAAUUCUCUCAUCACUUUGCGGUAAGUCCCAUUCCAGUUAUUCUGAGCCAGCAGUUAAAUGCAUGGUUACUGAGGCUGUAUUUCCUGGUUUGUAAUGGUAAUCAAACAAUUAUACAUUUUCUUGAAUUUUUCCUCACAAUAUCAAGCAGACAAGUGACGUGAAUUAAGAAAAAUCUUGAAUAGGGGAUUAUUAGUUGAUCCAAUACCAAAUUCUCCAAACUAAUGUCACAAGAACUGUAUAGCAGACAGUUAGGAGAAUUACUAAUGAGAUCUUGGGAGUGAAAGGGUCAAGGGAAGUUCUCUUGAUUGUCCUUGCCAUCAUGAUGUAUCUCUGCACUGAAUCUUAGAAAUCUCAAUAUUCCCAAGGCAGAAUUCACCUGUAGCUUUAACACAGGUUGUAUUAUAGUCAAAGGUGUGAACUGGAGUUAUUGUAUCAUGUUCAUAUGUAAUGGUAGUGGGACUGAGUGUAGUAAAACUUGAGGAGUUAUCUAGUGAGUGAUUUCAAAUAGGCAGAACUUGAACUCUGAGGCAGAUUUAAACUUACAAGCACAAGAUUGUUAGGGUUAUUUAGAUUCUACUCAACUGUGUCAUUAACAAAAUGCAAGAAAUUCAGGAAUGAAAAAUUUGAUGUAAGAGCACAUUUGCUUCUUACUGAUGCUGUUUGUUUUCUUUGUGGACCCCUCAACCUGCCAACUUAAGAAGUUUUUGGCUAGUAGUAGCUACAGGUGCAGGUUGUUGAAAUUUGGAGGCUGAUGGCUGUUGUGCUUAAUAUUGUACUGGCUGCUUAACUGUCGAAUUUUUGCCUGUUUGAUUACAAGUGUCUGUAACCAGACAGGUGAAAUCAGGCAGUUUGGAUUUGACACAGCCAAUUAAGCCACAAAUAAAGACUGUUAACCCUUUAACUCCCAUGAGUGGUCGAGACAGAAUUUCUCCUUACAAUAUCAAUACAAUAUCAACCAGAUAAGUGAUGAGAAUAAAUAAAAAUAUCAAUUUGGGGAUAAAAAAAUUAGUUGAUCCAAUACUAAAUUCUCUGAACUAACAAUAUAAGAAUUGUAUGGUUGACAGGAAGGAGAAUUAAAAAUUUGACCUGAGAAUGAAAGGGUUAAGAACCAUUCAUACUCAAGCAUUUUGUUGUAGGCAAAAUUACACCUGGAUGAGUCUAACACCUGGUAUUUUGAACCAUUUUUGUUUGGACCAAGAGGCUUAAGUUACAAGUUAGAAAUAGUAAGAGACAUAAGUCAUUUUUGUAAAACGUGCCUUGUUCCAGAUGUCAAGGAACAGCUCAGCACCCCUUGGUUCUGUUCCCAAAGAGUUGCAAGAGCAUGUUAGAAGUUUACUAAGCAUUACUGGCACAGUAAGACCAGAUGUUCACAUGAUGUCUAAGGUAUGUUAAACAAACAAUGUUAGUAAAGAAAUGAUGAUGUUGCACAAACCUGCAAAUUCUGUCAUGGUGUGUUCCUUAUAAAUUUAAAUCUGAUGGUGACUUCCGCUAAGGUUGUCAAAACGGAAGUCACUACUAACCCUGGCGAUCACAUUACAUGAUCAAAUGUUACUCUUUAAUUCAAACCGUUUAUUUUAUGGCUGCAUGUAUGUUAUGUUAUCAAUUCUCACAAACAAGGCUUUUCACUCUCAACUGAAAAAGAUACUCUCACUUGACUCUGAUAAACCUCUACGUUGCUGAAGCAUCAUGCAGUUCCACCGACAAAAAUUUCUUUCAGGACUAUAACCCUCACCUGGAAGAUCAGGCUACACGAUCUCAUGACUGAUUGUGUUUGAUUAAAAAUCUGUUGAAUGAGAAAGAUAGAUGUUCCCUGAUUUAAACCACAUUUUAUAUUGCAGCAUAAUUUCAGAAAAACUUAGAUUUGCACCUACUCCAGCCAUUCAUAUGAACUGUAUUUUUUUUAAAUAAAAAUCCGGACUGUGAGAUCAGUAGGAUAUCUAAAACGUGCAAGAUGGUCUCAGCUAUAAGCCUAAAACUCCCAUGAGUGAUCAAGACAGAAUUUCUCCUUACAAUAUCAAUACAGUAUCAAGCAGACAAGUGAUGAGAAUAACAAAAAUACUAAUCAGAAGGUUCUACGUUGAUCCAACACCAAACUCUCCUAACUAUACAUCUAUGAAUUGUAUGGAAGUCUGUAAGGAGAAUUGCUAUUGAAAUAUUAAGAGUGAAAGGGUCGCACAUGCAUUCUAAUCAUUUUCUUUUCGUUGCGUGUCAGAUUUCAUUCUUUGAAAAUGUUGCAGCUAUGACGUUACAGUACUUAGACUCUUUAGUGCAGCGUGAUGACAUGGCAAAGUCACAGUUCUUUAGGGGACUCUAUAAGGUCAUGUCAAAAUUACCAAAGGUGAGUUCCUUUCUGCAAAUAUAUUUUUCUAGAUUCUCUAUCUCUUUCAUCGCGAUAUUUUGAAGAGCCCACUAGAUAUUUAGGACUAAUGGUAAAUCCACCAAAUUCCACCUCACGUUCAAAUCCUGCAGAAGUUCAGGAAGUACUGUGCUAGACUUGUUCUCUGGUCGUUCCAAGUUCGAGUCUACUACCCAGCCACUCAUGGCCGGGUUUUGUUCUCGGUUGCUCUGUACCCAAAUCCCCUCCCUGUGCUCUUUAAGUAAUCAACUGUCUCAGUAAAGUAACUUGCUCAGUUUUGUAGAAUACUAAUGUCAAUUUUUUUAAAGUCCUUCAAAAGUAAGGUUGUUGGAAUGUUGAUCUUAAGUGCUGAAAUCAUUUCUGUCGCAAAGUACAAAUUAAACCUCUAGUUCUAAGGACACCUUAGGCACAAUUUGAUCUUAAUUAUUUUCGAUAAGUGUUUUUUUUUUUUAAGUCCCAAAGGGGUAGUGAGUAGCAUCUAAUAUCUCCUUACAAUGUUGCCCCGUGAAUCACACAGUAAGGCCACGAGAAUAAAGGAAAUGUUUACUAACGAAAGAAGCUCUUCAAGGUCAAACAAAUUCUCCUUGUCAGCACCUUAAGAAAAGUAUAUAGAACAGUAUGGAGAAUAUACAUACUGAUGUUAGGGUGUUGAGGGUUGAAGGGGUUCAAAUUGUGAGUUGAGGGUUGUACUUGAUUUCCAUUUUUUGUAUUCCACCAUCAGCGUGUUGUUAUACAGAGAGUUUUGCCACAGUUAUGCUCAGAGUUUAGUAAUCAUCAGAUGGUGCCGUUUGCUCUGCCUAAUGUGUUACUGAUCGCCGAAGACUGCACAUCACAAGAAUAUGUGGACCUGAUCCUCCCUGAGUUAAAGCCUGUUUUCAAGAUACAGGAACCUGUUCAGGUGAGAUCUUUUCUUUCCAGCGCUGAUAAACAUGUUACUUUUUUGAACCAUUUCAGUAGAUUAUUCAGUAAACGCGGGUAAUGAGAGUAAAAAUCGAUCUAGUAAUGGUCUAGCUCGCCUUAGAGAGUCUCUGUGGCUCAGUGGUAUAUCCUCGAAGCGCGGAAUUCGAAGGUUUGAGGUUCGAUUCCUUUUGAACUCAGAAAUUUAUCUUUGUCUUUGGCUCGUGACCAAAAGAAAAUCAUCCUUUUCGAAAAAAAUUUAUCGGCCAAUGCCAUCUACAAGUUAAUCCCAUCAAUUCUCUUCUUUUCUCCUCUGCAGGUUGUAAUCAUAUUUCUCAAGAAAAUGGACAUACUCCUAGCAAAAACACCCAAGGACGAUGUUAGAGAUCACGUGCUCCCCAUGGUCUGUAAAGCUCUUGAGACUCCUGCGGAACAACUACAGGUACAAAACGCUUGAAGCGCUAGAAAACGCAAUUGGCUGAGUCGCAAUGGCGAUUGGUUUUAGUUUUGCAUAUGAUUGGUUGAUAAAGUAGCGCGAUGUUUCUGGACCAAUUACUGAGCGAAGUAAAGCAAAACCAAUGCAGUGCUGAAUUAUUUUUGACACUCAACCGAAAUGCGCCUUAUACACAUGAAGCUUUUGUACUUUUUUUUAACCUGUCGGAAGAUGGCCACUCAAGUUACUCGCUCGAUUGACUGCGUGGAUUGUCAAUGAUCAACAGGCAUUUCUGGAUAGCUUUCAUCUCUUAGAGAAUACUUCUUGGUUUCUUUCUUUUUUUUAAUGUUUGUUUAUUUAUCUGAUUUAGGAAAUGGUUCUAAGCAUUAUUCCGUCAUUUUCAAACAUGAUUGAUUACUCCGCCAUGAAAAACUCCAUCAUCCCUCGCAUCAAGAAUCUCAUUUUGAAGACUUCUUCUUUGAGUGUAAGUGAACGGUAACUGAAAACUUCAUUACAACUGACAGCUCUUGAUUCCUCAUCAGAGAAGGUCAUCUGGCUUAGGAAGCAGUCGUCGCUGUAGCCCCGGGUUCAAUUAUCGAAUCUGGCGUUUCAUUAAGAUGGAGUUUGUUGUUGGUUGUUGUACUUGCCUCUCAAGCGUCAGGUACGGGAAAAGGCGUGUGACGAAGUCACGAUUGGUGCCAGUCUUGCGUCUGAAUGAUUGAAAAGGUGACGCGGGUUUUUUUUUAGACCUCAAGCGAGGGAAAACGCGGGUGACCAAGUUGUGAUUGGUUUCAGGCUUGUAUGUGAUUGGUUGAGAAGUUGACGCGGGUUUUCUGGUCCUAAAGCGCAAGAAAACGCGAGUGACCAAGUCGCAAUAGGCGUCAGUCUUGUAUCUGAUUGGUAGAAAUUUUGCGCGUGUUCUUUUGACCUAUCACAACGUGCAGGAAAGCAAACUUAAUUUAAUCCCGAAUGUCUUUCAACUUUAUCAUCGUGAUUUUGCCUUUUUUAGAUUCGGGUGAACGGGCUUGUGUGCCUGGGUAAGAUGUUGGAACAUUUAGAUAAAUACGCUGUCCUGGAUGACAUACUGCCGCUGAUGAACCAGAUUCCUUCCAGAGAGCCACCUACACUGAUGGCCAUCUUAGGUGAGGUUGAUCUUAAAACUUCAAUGGGAAUGGAACUUGGCUUUGGAAAAAAUCUUCCUUUGAGGAUUUUGUUUUUCGCGUUUGUCUCGCGCGAUAACACUAGAUUUACAUUUCGAUCUUUUGAAUUACCAUUUGAAGUGCAUUUUGUGUUCUGUUUUCAGGAAUUUUCAAGCAAACCAUGCUUCAUAAGAAGCUCGGUAUGGACAAGGAUUACCUGGCGACAAAAGCUAUUCCGUUUCUCUUUCCUUUAGCAGUGGAGCCGGGACUCAAUCUUUCACAGGUAAAACAAACAGUGUAAUACCCCUUAAUAAAGAAGUGUUUGUCCCACGAUGUAGUUACUUCUUUAACUUAUGAGAUGAAAUUUCGAUAUGCUUAUUGGUCGUUUUUUUCAGGAGACUGAGUCAUCUUAUGACGGUUGUAUGACGCAACGCGGUGAACAGCUGUGAUUGGCGCAUUUCAAUCCUCGCUGUUCUUUUCUACCUUUUAAUUGUUUAAUGAGCGAUACGCUGUCUCUAGGUCGGGGGUAUUCGCACGUCUCGAGUUUUUUUUUUUUUUUUUUACGUCCCCGUUUCAUGACGGAAGGGUGAGAUCUUACUUUAAUCGGUCUGUGCCCCUCCCUUUUGCGUGAAACAGCACAUCAUGGGCAUGCUCUGACGGUGAUCUGCAUUGGGGCAAUUUGAUAUCUUGGUCAUGUUCACUGAUUCUGUCUUGCAUGGAUUUUUCAGUCUUAUAUUUAUAGAGGGAAAAUCUGGGAAACCAUGCCAUUUUCUUAAGCCGGGUGAAGAGCUUGCAUCGCCGUGAUUUUAGUGUUGUGUUUGACCCAAAACUAUGCGUAUAUUUUCCUUCUGACUUCCUGAACUUCGCACUGAGAUCUUCAUUCUUGUAUUGUAACUUGGUAACAGACGAAUGCUGAUCUGAAUACUUAAGUAGCAAUUGACAGAAUGAAACUUAAAACUUUCUCGAAACUGUCGUCAGAGCAGUCAGGAAGAUUGUGUAGAAUACAGGACUUCCUAUAAUCCUCACCUCCCUAUGACUAUACACUGUUACUUCCUUUUUACUAUUUCUGGCAUCAAUGACGUCUCUUGGAAAAGAACCUCCCGUGCUUUAUUGGAUUUUUUUGCACCCUAAUAGUAUUUUCGGAACUUUUUACCCUUUAAACCCAAAGAGUGACGAGUUUAAGAUCGUAAGAAUAAAGGAAAUAAUCACCAACUAAAGAAGCUCUUGAUUGUUAAACAAAUUCUCCUUGUCAGCACCUUGGGAAAUGUAUAGAGAACAGUAAGGAGAAUAUGCAUAAUGAUGUUAGGGUGUAAAAGAUUAAGGCCAGAACAAACCAAGAUUCUAUUUUCUGUCUUAAGCCUCUAUGCGUAUCAGACCGCUUUGUGUGUACACAUCCAAAGCAAGUCUGUGCGACGCAGUUUAUUUCUGUGAUUUUAAAUUCAAACCAGUUUGAGUUUGUGCGACUUGUUCUAAACAAUUCUCUAUGUCAACCAAAGCGAAUUGUCUUUGCCACUUGUGUCUCGCUCUUUCAAGCGAGCCACGGCCACAAAGUUGCUUAACGUAUCUUUAAAAUUAUCCGAAAUUCAAACGAGUACGUUGUUUAUAGACACUUUCCUUUUUUGGGGUCAGUUAAAACCCGGAUGGCAAUGAUUGUAACGUAUUUGUUACCCAUUUUUUUUUUAAAGACUAUUACAUUAAGUUCUAAGCUCGAUUGAAUUGUCGGCGUUUGUUUGGACAAAUUGAAUUAUUUCCCAUAAGUUUUUCUUAACUUUGUUAAUGUUAAAAAUACUAGUUAAGUGAAUUAUAAAUACAUCGUAAUAAAUAUGCUGCUUGCUAUCUAUCACAACUCAACCUCGCAAACUCAUAGUCUAAUGACCUCAUGGAGAGCACCAAACAGUUAUAUUUUAAAGGUACACAGUCAACUUGCGAACCUUUAGAGGAAACCGAAAAACUUAUAAGCUAUUGGGAGAUAAGAACGAGACACCGGAAUAGGAAAAAAUUCUGUGUUUUGUGCUCGCUCGUGAAUUGUUACCCAUCUUGUCACGUGCGUGGAACGAAGAUAAAUCAGAAUCCCCAUGGGGAAGAAAAUGACAGACCUUCGGAUUUGCACUUUCAUGCUCUGCCACUGAGAUUAAGAGACUCUGUGAUGAGUCAGGGCAAUACCAGGUUCACUUGUGACAAGCGUUUGUUUGCCUCGAAAAUAAGAAAACAACAAAACCGUCAUGUGAAUUAAUGAUGAGCAUCGGUGUAAUCCGAAGGUCUGUGGUCCAAUUUUUCGGACUAUAGACUUCCUCCCACUCUCUGACAUUACAAAGAACGUCUUUCUUUAUUUUACAGAUCAGUUUUGAAUAUUAUCUCCGCGAACUGACCAACUUUCGCUGUUGUGCCGUUACGACUGCGUUCGUUGCUAAAAUGGAAUCUAACCCCCUCACAAUCGAGAGACAACUUGCCUCCUUCACCAAAAUCGGACUUUGGGCCUUGCAUGAUAACUUGCGCUAUCAGAUCCGUAUUGUGUUUCAAGUAAAACGGUGGAUCAACGGGUACAUCAAAUCCGUAGUACUCACUGGUCCUUUCUUGGUCGCUUUGAAAAAUACCAACAGUAGAGAAACUUGGUAGAUUACGUGUGUCACGGUCAUGAAUAGUGCGUGACGCGUGGUAAAUCGCCAAUUCCACGUAAUACGAAGCUCGUUCAAAGCCGUACAGACGAAUGCCGCAUAUAACGAUUGGAGCCUCGACUGAGAAUCUAAUGCUGUCCUCGUAUCCUCUCUUAUAACUCCAUUUUCUAUUCCGUGGCAAUACUUCCGGAUCAGACGCUUUCGAAAAUCUGUUGCAUCUGAAAAUUUUACCCCUUGGGAAACUCUCGCAAAAUUCCUUGGGGGUCUCUUGGCAGAACCCUCCGUAGAAUUGUGUGAUGGCAGUAAGUUCUUUUUCCUUAAGCACUCCUGAGUUCGAUACAAGGCUGGUGAAUUCGGUAAAGGACAUUGUUGAGAAGCGUAACAGACGAAUCAUUUUCUCUCCAAGAAUAUCACGGAUGUUGCUCUCUUUACCGUCGCUUUCUGGUAGAUUUUGACGCACCUUAGCCCAGUCUAACACUCUCCCAAAUAGGUUAACUUCUCGGAUCGUUAGCUCGUCUCUUUCGAGCACUUUUUCCAACAAAUCUCUUUCGAUCUCAUAGAAGGAGUCCUGAUUGAUCGCUUGCUCCGUGUCAAUAUCGAUGACCUUCCAGCACUGUUCAACGAGGUCGCCUUCGUCAAGGUGAAUGACUGAGGGAAGGAUUUCGAAUACACUUGUCGCAUUAAUCAUGCUGUGAAGCCUCUUUUUGGCCAUUUCGUGUAGUAAAGGCACCAUGUACUUCUUAGCCAGGUACAACAACUGUAUCACGGUGUCUUCGCAGAUACGAACCUCGUCACAGUAGAGAAAACUAAGGAAUUCCUUUAAGCUGUCGGCAUCGCAGUCAGGAAGGUGUAUUUCCUGAGCUCCUUCUGUCGCUAAAGCGCCGUAGAACAUAGUGAAAAACACAGGACUGCCCACAGAGAGAACGUACUUGUGAGCGUAAACGGUGAUUUCCUUGCCUCCAUUGCUGUCGUUUACGAUGAACGUGACAUCGCUUAUGAGGCUGUUAUUCACCAUGGAUUUAUUUCGAUCCUUGAAGGACGCUUUUUUAAGUGGCUCGUCUGCUCUUUGAACAUUUUCUAAUUCACUUGCCAUGUUUUCCUGCGCGAAGAAUUGUAAUCUAUUAACAUAAACUGGUGGUUAUGAAACGUCGAAUCCUAUUUCCGGUACUUCGGACGCCCGCUGUUUCAUAUCAAUGGUACUUUCGAGUUAUCGUGCUUGCCAACUUUCAGUUCCUGUCAUUAUGUCUGAUACGGGUUCAGAUUACGAAACAUAGUGACUUAUUCUUUAACUGAACUUCCUUGUUUAAUAUAUCUGACAGGUCAGCGAGUACGAGCGCAUUUUAACUCUGUAAGGCGACUUAAGAUUUUUUAAAAGAAUUAAUUAAAAGGGAUUUUGCAUACUUCACAAUUAGAAUUUAUAUGUCGCAUUUUUCUUUAAUUAUAUUCGGCUGACUUACCGUAGGGUCGCAACUAUGUGAAAUUCUAUCACGUACGUAUCACCAGUUUUAACCGUUACAUAAGAAUAACAUUGAGUCGCCUUCCGUUACAGCUAUAAAGAAAGAUUCCCAAAGUAAACUUCCCGUCAGUAUUUGUAAAUACACGAACGUGACUCUCACAUGUUAUUUUAGAUGAUAAUCACGGGUCACUCGAUCGAAUCACAGAUACAGGUUUGAUUUCCAUCAGUUGUUUGUUACAUGACCAGGUAAAUCACAUCCUCUCUUCUGCAAUAGAGUGCAGUGGUGAAAACAAAGCAUUAUAUUGUGCCCGUUUCUCGAAAGUCGCGGUGGUUGUUGCUUCGGAGAAGGUUUUUUUUUUCUUUUCUGUGCUGUGUUUGCAUGCAAGAUCCAAAUUCCAAUAGUUUUGAAAUAAAAACAAUGAAAAUCAUGAUAUCACGCAGUGAAAAGAAGGGACUGGAUUUUUCGUAAAGACCCGCACUAAAUUUCCUAAAUUUAGCUUUGGGCCUGAAAUUCACACAAGAAUUUUCGAGAAACAGGUCCUUGAAGAUAUCUGAUAAGUUUGAAAUGUUCGGAAUACUUGAUCGAAUUGGACUCCGUCUUGGCAGUUUCAUUUCCUCUCAGCUUGCAGUUUCAUUUCCUCUCAGCUUGCAGUUUCAUUUCCUCUCAGCUUGCAGUUUCCUUCGCAGCUGUAAUCAGUGAUCUCCGGCUGAAGUACCAAUAACCUGUGCUUUCUUUGGCUACUUGUUUCACCCAAGAAGCGUCUUUAACUCCCACGAUCUGAUUGUUAAUUCUCCCCACUGAUUGCUACACAUUUCUUUGUAAGUUAUUUACGAUAACUUGGUGUUAGAUCAAAGUAGCAACUCCUACCUGAUACGUUUGAGUAUUCUCAUUACCUGUUGGCUGGAUAAUGUAUGGAUGUCGUAGGGAGAAGUUACAUAUUAAUCACUGUUGGGAGUUAACGGAUUAAGUAAACAGUAAGUGACAGUAGGGGGCAUGAAUCGUAAUAGGAGCUCGUUCUUUUCGUUCCCCUCCCCCCAAUACUUUACUAGUUUUACGGUUGGUUUCUUAAAAAUAUGUGGAAAACUCUGGUUAUCUGUGAACCACAUCACUGAUAAUAUUGUCUAACUUUUCUGUUUUAUUUUGCCUCUAGUUUGGCCAGUAUAUGAAACUUAUCAACGAGAUGGUGAAACGAGUGGAAACCGAACACCGCACAAAACUGGAACAGCUUAACAAGAUGCAAGAACAGACGAAGUAAGAGAAUUUCAGUCCAUUCCCCCAACUCAGUGUUCCACGCUCCCUCAUUUCCUGUUACUACUUUCCCUGUUUUCCUUCUUUUCACCCUUUCUUUGUUCCCUCAGAUCUUCCUUCUUGCCUUCCUUCUUUCCAUGUUAUCCUCCCUUCUUCUGUAUCCUUCCCUGACCCUGCACCCCUCAGGCGUAUGCCUUCCCUGUCCCUGCUCCCCUCAGGCCUUUGCCUUCCAUGUCCCUGCUCCCCUCAGGCCUAUGCCUUCCCUGUCCCUGCUCCCCUCAUUUCUUCAGGUGCCAGGUUUGUACACUGUUAUUCCUCUUUCUCUCCCAUCCUCUCGUCCUACACCCUGCUUAGGUUAUUUCUCCUUUGUUCACAAUUAAGUGAAACGAAUCAUCUGUUAAUCUGCGGCUGAAACAUGAAGAAAGAAGUGAUCCUCUUAUGUAAGAUGUAAAUAACCCUUUAACUCCCAGGUCAAAUUUGUAAUUCUCCUUACUGUCAACCAUACAAUUCUUUUAAUGUUGGUUCAGAGAAUUUAAUAUUGGAUCAACUAUUUAUCUCCAAAUUGAUAUUUUUCUUUAUUCUCAUUACUUAUCUGGUUGAUAUUGUAUUAAUAUUGUAAGGAGAAAUUCUGUCUUAGUCACUUACGGGAGUUAAAGGGUUAAAGAAAUUUCACAAAAGAAGGCUGAAAAAAUUUAAGCUUGGACAGGAUUCGGACCCGUGUAUCCUAGAUGCUAGUUCGGCGUCACAACCAACUGCGCCACGAAGUUACUUGUUAGGACAUGUGGCCUCGUAGUGGCUUUGUUUCUUACGCACCGUUUCUUCCUUCAUCAGUUUUCACCUCCUAAUUUGUUCAUCAACAUCCAAAUCGCAUUGCUUCUCAAAUUUUGCAUUACAGAGGUGGUAGUUAACAUGCAAUAACUGUGGUUCCUUUUCACGUGGUCAGAUCGUCUUUGAAGUUCGUCGAGGAAGUGCAGGAAGCAAAGCAAAUGGAUGAUUUGAUGGGCAGAAUAGACAAACUCAUGGGUGGUAAUACUGAGGCUGAACAAGCAGGUAUUCAUCGGUUCAUCAUCAAAUUAUGCUCUUCUGCUUUGUCUGCCAACGGACAGGGGCCUGUUUCUCGCAAGUCCUGGUAACUCUGCGGACCCUAAGUAACAUUUUUUUAGGCUAAUCUUGAGGAAUAAUAUAACAGGUGUUGGGUGGAAAAAAAACACUUCAUUGUGUCUCGUCUCCUGAUAUUUUUAUUGUUUAAAUUCCAAGACAGUCAAUAUCAUGAUCGUGAAUAAAACACAGCAGACAAUAAUCAGGUUUUGAAAGACUCAGGCAAUUUAGUGUUAACAACUGAGUUGAAAACGUGAAUUGACCACCAUAACGAGCUUAAAGGCUUGAAAAGUUAAAGAGUUGAAAGACUCAGUUAAGUUACGGUGUCUUUUAAAGACACGGUCUCCUGAGGUCCAACUCCUUGAGACUGCACGACCAUCUCUCAACCUUUAACUCAGGGUAAUUAACGCAGUGUUUCGUUUGAUGAUUAUUUCUUCCCACGGAAGGCUGCUUCUUUUAUCAUCAGCAAGUAGGCUUGUGAGAGGUGUUGUGCGCCACGAUGAUUGUAGUGGCGCAAAUGUUGAAAUUCCUAACUGAUUUUAAUGCAGAUUUAGAGAAGUUGUUGUGGUUUAUUGAGUUACAUCAUGAUUCUUUUUUUCCUUUUUUUUUUUUGUUCUUUUUUUAAGUCAAAGAGUUAAAAAGCAGCAGCGGUGACUCUUCUUUAUCAUCAUCCACUUCAAUCGGGGCAACUAGUUCCACAGAGGUAAGAAAAAAAACCCAGAACCUUUUCUCGUGUAAUCUCAGGGUUAGUUUCCAAGUGAGUCGACUAAGAUUACUGGAGAAUGGCGUUUGUUGAAAGCUUCAACAAAUAUCUUUAUAUCGGAGGAAGAUUUGAACUUUAAAUUACAUCCUAUUCUAGUUCAACAAAAUGUUUGGUUUGCCGGGAAAUCCUUCGUCGUCGAAAGGCCCAUCCCUGAGUGGAAAUCUGCUGGGUGUGGACGAAUUUUCCAUGCUGCAGCCUUCGAAGAAGAACCAUGAUGGACCAACAAACCCAACAACACAACAGAAGGUGAACAAGAGUCUUGAUAAAACGUACUUGUGUAGCUGGGCUUUUGAUCAGACCUUCUGCAAUGCUUAUUUUUUUACAGUUGCCUUUUCGAAUGUUCGACUUUCAGGAAGUUAUAAUUUCUCGUAAAGAAGGGUGUUUAGCUUUUAGUCACGGUUAUGGAACUUCAAAAUGAGCCGCGAAUUGGAACUUGUUUGGAUGCUCUACCGCUGACCAAUAGGCAACUUUUGGUGAAAUCGGCAAAACUCAAGGUUGAUGUGUAACACGCGGUGUGCCUUAUGAUAGACUCAGCGGUAUCAAAAACGUCCUGAGCAGCGAUAUUGGAUGCAAAUGUGUGAAAUUUUGGUCGUCUUAUUUGUAGCGAGUUUUGAAUUCACACAUUCAUGUGGUAAAUAUUCUGAAUUUUUUUUUCCGCCUUUUGUUUCGUCCGUAGUCCACAACGUCGAAGAAAACCUUGGCGUCAAGCUCGUCAUAUCCUGCUACCUCUCGGCCCUCUCAACCUAUGGCCCCUUCAUCCUUGUCGCAGCCUGGUAUCUCUGGGGUUAAUCCCUCAAUGGGGAUGUCUACAGCCUCAUACGGAAUGUCUGGGCUUCAUUCUGGUAAUACCGGAAUGGGUUCUGGAAUGGCCAGCUAUACAGGAAUGUCCGGUAUGAACUCCGGUAUGACUGGAUUAUCAAGUCUAAACACGUCCAUGACGGGAUCAUUUCGGAUGAGUCCCGCGAGUUCCUCGCCACGUUAUUCUUCAGCGGGAUCCGCCGCGGGAAAUCCAGGAAAAAACACGAGUGGUUCCUCUGCACUGGAUUCCUUAUUUGCUCCUGAAUUAGGACAUUUACAGAAUAAGGGUAAACCCUCGAUGAACACCUUGCAAUCACAACAAGGCGGUAUGCCGGCUGCUAUGAAUCCAGGUAUGUUUUUCUCAGGAGGCAUUAGCUCCUACUAGAAGAUGGAAAUAGUUUUCCACUCGCUUUCAGACAGUAAUGUUGGUUAUGGUUUUUCCUCAUUUGAAGUUUUAUCGCUUGCUAUUUAACUUGUGUGUCACAUAAACUCUGCCUGUCUGACCGUCGAUCUGUCUCUUUUUGUCAGACCGUCUGUAAAUCUGUUUUUCUUUCUUUUAAGUGGGCCUAAAAACGCCUUUUAUUGUAUCUUGAUUUAUAUCCGUGAAAUUUUUCUUUAAAAUCGCAAUUGGCAAAAUGUUUGGUGGUUUCGAAAAGUAGUGCAAAAUUGUACUCGUCUCUUCCACGACAAGGUUAAAGUCUUCUAUCGCAAACACCUUUAUGAUCAUUUGUGUUUGUGUAGCUGUUGUUUGACGGUUUAGUGGAUCGUCACAUAGUGGCUGCCUUACUGAGUGACACAUCAACUUUUUGGCCCUAGUACUAGGGAAAAUUAAAUAAGCACCGAGAAUCAGCACGUGUCCUUGUGUUUAAGGUGUAAGAGGAAUGAGACCUAUGACACCACAGCAGUAUGGCGGAGGUAUGCUGACGUCCUCAUCCGGGAUGUUUCCCAUGCAACAGCAACCGUUGAUGGGUGGAAUGGGGAGCCAGCAGUAUCAGUACCAGGCCCCUAAGAAUCAAAAUUCUAUGAACAACAGCAAUGACUUACAAGAUCUGUUUGGUUAGCAAAGCGAAUUAGCCGUGUUCUUGAGAGGGGUACUCCCCCUUACACCAUAGAACUUUAAAAUGUAGACAGAUAAAUAUUGUUUUACAUCAGAGGUCAAAACUUCUUUCAAGCUGGUUGAUUGCCAUGGGAAAUGAUGGCUUAAUACGAAAUUGAUAGCUCUUGGUUUAGAGAAGAGAAACCUUUCCGCGCCCAGUGAUCCGUAGAGUUCCGUGAACUAUUGAAGCUUGCCUACGAGGCUCUUGUUUAAAAUUGUUCUGAUAGAAUUUCAACGCCUUUUCCCAUCGGGUUGGGCCUGCUGUCUACUUUAAAACGGCAAUUUCAGUCACUGGAAACGAAACCUUUCAAAGACCGUCACGCAGCUAUUUUGGAAAGGUCAGUUAUUGAAAACAAGGCUUUUCGAAACGGUGAUUGGAAAUGGCCACGUAUCAUCGUCACAGGCUUCUUUUUGUUAUUAUUACAAGUAAUCGAAAGGAAUACAUUUUCAAUUUAGCGCAUGCUCUACUCCAACCUAUUGCUGAAGCGAACAAAUAGUUAUACCAUUAAGUUGGUUGGCUCGUUAUCCAUAUUCUUUCCCACACUUUCCCUUAAGCGAAUUGGAUAAAGUUCACUACCUGAAAAGAUAAUGUUCCCUCGUCAUUUUAUCAUCUCAUCCAUUCUGAGUAGCUCUGAUCUUAUUUGGAAUUAAGUCAAGAUGACACUCGACUUGAUAAGUUGAUUCCCCUCAGCACCUUGCAGACAGAUAAUGUGACACUGUAAGAAGAAAUUAAUUGACCAUUCCAAAGAUGAGAUAUUUAACGGCACGAUAUUUAACGUAACUUACUGUAGAAUAUGUAAAUCAACGAACACACUUUAGCAUAAUCUACACUCAUGUCAAGAUUUCAUGUUAGUAGAUACUACGUUUUGGUUAACUUUGGUAAAAGGUUAGUCUCUAUUUAAAAAGCUACUUUUUUAUUGGUAAAAUUUUGUAAUUUAAACAUAAAUCCAGUUAAGGUUUCAUAUCCAUUCUUGAGGUAUAUUGUCGACAAAAUACUACAUAAAACGUUAUGAAAAUGAUGGAAAUAUAUUUGGUCACGUGGUGCUCAUACAUUACAGACAUGUGCCCAGGUCUACCCCGCGUGAAACAAAAAAAAAACUGGGUACCAGAUCACUUUCAACCACCAAGUUUGAUCACCUGGGUCUACCUAUCGCAUGGUCAGCACGG